AUGGGACGCCGACGCCGUCUGCAGCACUUGGCUGCAGCACCACCAGAAGCCUGGUGGCACAGGCCAGAAUUGACUCCCAAAACAGAUCAAUUCCCGGACGAUGCGUCUGUACUAGAACCAGGACUUGGGGAUGUUGAUGAUGCGAGAUUGCGGCUGAAACGAAAACUUCAACGAAAUCGAACGUCGUUUUCCAACGAUCAAAUUGAAAGUCUCGAAAAAGAAUUUGAGCGGACUCACUAUCCUGACGUUUUUGCGCGGGAACGACUGGCCGCAAAAAUCGGACUGCCUGAAGCUCGUAUUCAGGUUUGGUUUAGCAAUCGCCGUGCAAAAUGGCGCCGAGAGGAGAAGCUGAGGAAGCAGAAGAAUUCACCUGGAAAUUGUAUUUCACCACCCGGUUCCAAUAGUUCCAACCAGCUUUUACAACCCCCAGCAUCGCCAGGUCCUGGUCACCACCCAGGUGCCAUACGACCUCCACUGUCACCCCUGGAAGAAGGAGUGGCAACAAUUGGUUCCAACAAGAUACCACCAACCUCUCCUACAACCACUCCAUCAUCCUCCACUUCGUCUACAUCUGUGGCACCAGGAGUGACACCUCCCAGCAGUUUUGCUGCAGCCAUGACACCAGGGGCACAUGGGCUCCACAGUGCCGCUUUGCCCCAGGGACCCAAGGAAAUUCUGCAGAGGAAACGGCGAGUCACGUUGCGUCAGAUGAGUACUGAUGCGCAGCUUUCCAAGUACUCGAAAAAGUUUCCGCCUGUCCUCCUGUUUAGGAUUUCGAGGGGGCCCAAGGAAAUUCUGCAGAGGAAACGGCGAGUCACGUUGCAUGAGAUGAGUACUGAUGCGCAGCUUUCCAAGUACUCGAAAAAGUUUCCGCCUGUCCUCCUAAUAAGAGGACUUUCGUCUGAUGAAAGCAGGAAGGAAGGUACUGAACUCGACCCGGGUAACAAGAACCUGCAGAAUGGGCCCCAAUCCGACGGUUUUCAAACAACGGACCAAUCCCAGAGCCCGAAAAGUUAA